CUUUUGCCGCAGAGGCUGCUGAGACCCGCAUAAAGCUGCAGGCGGAGGGAAGGCGCGCAGCGGCCGCGGCCAGCAUUUCAGAGCCAUGGAAAAACUGCUGAAAUCCGAACUGAAAACCACCGUGCUGAAGGCAUUUGGGAGCUCGGGAGGAGGGUGCAUAAGCCAAGGGCAGAGCUAUGAAACCGACCACGGGCGAGUGUUCGUUAAAAUCAACAACAAGCCUCAGGUUCACGGCGAUAUUGAUAGAGCUCCCUAAAUACUAAUAUAUGGCUGCAGUUGGGGAUGAGGGGAGACUGGGAGGGGGGCGUAACUUGGCAACAGACGGUGAUUGGCUAGUUGAAAGCUCGUAUGUUGGGCGAAUUCUGGGGAGAGGUCUGCAGCACUGUAUUCCAAUCUGCGCCACAAUCAAACUCGUUCUAAAAGAGUUUCCAACUCUUGACUGCACAGGGGGCGCGACAAGUUUUCUAUAGCUGGAUCAUCGAGUGUAAUCUUUAGAAGAUAUAUAGCUAUGCAGCGAUUUUAACGGGUGUGUAUGUCUGAAAUAAGAAUCCAAUUGGGGCUGCCCUAAACUUCAAAGCACUUGCUCUAAAAGCCCCAUGUUUUUUGCCUCUAGAAAUUUGCAGCCAAAGCGAAAUACUGUGUUGCAAACAUUUAGAUGUAAUGUUGUAAUCUGCAUGCCUGUAUGGUGGUGGAUACCUGCCUCCUCCUUUAACCAGCCUCGGCUCUUUCCAAGCAUUUUUUAUGGUGCGAAUUUUGACGUGGGAAAUCAAGCAGAAUAAACAUAAGUAGAUUCGUUUGUCCAAAGUGAGAAACGCCUGCUGUAUUGUGCCGAUUUCCGCGUAGGUGUGCAAAUGAAUGUGCAGAUCUAUUCAAAGAGAAUGUUCAGGUCAACGUUAUGCUGAUCAGCCAAAUGAAUUCAAACUGCAGCAGAUGUUAUCUCACUUUGUACACAAGGCUUAAUAAUUCUCUCAUUGGCCUACUUUCCCCAUGUACAUUUCUCUCUCUGUGUGUGUGUGUGUAGAUAUGUAUUUUCUUGGGGUAGGACAAGACACAAAUCUAAAUAACUGAUGCACACACAGUCCUAAUGCACAGCCAAAUAAGUGUUCUCAGUAAUGUUAUUCUUUCUGACCAGGCUAGGACAAUGUUUGAGGGUGAAAUGGCAAGCUUAAUAGCUAUUCAGCAAACCAACACUCUGCGGGUUCCCCAGCCCAUUAAAGUGAUAGAUCUUCCAGGAGGUGGAGCAGCAUUUGUCAUGGAAUACCUCAAAAUGAAGAGUCUCGGCAAGUAAGACAGUGCCACACGGCUGUCCCCUUGUUAAAAUAUUGGCCACUUGGAUUUAUAGUUCUGCUCUGUUGUCUCUCAGUUCUGAAAAGUGUCUGUUUUACUGUCUUUAAAUAACAUGUCUCUGGAAGUGAAUUUAAGGGAAUUAACAAGCGCACAUCCACAUCACAUUAUGGGAUGCCUUCAGUGAAGUUAUGCCAGCGGGGGACUUCUCUCUUCUCUUGCUUCGGCAACAUGUAUGCUGUAUCUUGACAAUUAUAUGCAUCUGUCAGAAGUCUGAGAAUGUCCAUACUAUGUUAUCUGUCUUAUAUGGAAUGUUUUGGCUAGAUUGGCCUCCUGAGGUUUACUGGGCCAACUGCUAGCAUUCAGACUUCACAGGACUUAAAAAAAAAAUCUAUAAAGUUUGAUCUUGUUAUUUGGUCUUGACUGAAGUGUGGAUACAGCUACCCAAAGGCCAGCGAUGCACAAGUCAUAGCUACGUAAGGCUUUUCUCACUCAGAAGUUUGCAGCCCUUCCACUUUGGCAGUUCAGCUCAAAAUUAAAAGUAGAUGUAACACCUAAAACAAAAUUAAUGCCAUUCCCAUAAGGUUUUGGCUUUGAGUUACCUCAAGAGUACCAUGCAAAGACACUCCAGGUUCUGUUGUUUAGAGAUAGUGAUGCUUUAGCUGAGAUUCCUGCAUUGCAGGGGAUUGGACUAGAAUGACUCUUGGGGUUCCUUCCAACUCUUUGAUUCUAUACGUUGGUGUGAAAUGUUUGGUUUGUAUAUAAAAUCAAGCUGGUUUUGAAAUUUCCUGAUACAUAAUAUUGGGAUAUGUUUCUUUGUUCUUAGAUAUUCUGCAAAACUUGGAGAGCAAGUAGCAGAUCUUCACCUUUACAACCAAAAACUUGGAGAAAAAAUAAAGAAAGAAGAAAACACAGUUGGUAAAGUAUAGUUUCUAUGCACCAACAUAACUUUGUAAUAGUAUCAUUACAAAAGAAUUGCAGAAACAGACCUGAAAGAGAAGUUGCUGAAUUGCAACUGAAAACUAUGGAGGGACCUGGUCUUAAUAGAGAUAUUGGAUUCCUGUCUCAUUACAUAUGCUAAUCAUCUGCAUACUAUCCCUUGCUUUUUCCUGUAGGUCUAAUUGCAGUCUUUAACAGUCGUCCACAGGUUUACCAUACCCAUUGAGUCAAUCACCCAUCUACUACUACCCUCCUGAGGAAAACUCCACCCCACCCUCCCACUAUAUAUAAGGGUCUGGUGACUUCUGUUUCAGUGUAUCUGAAGAAGUGUGCAUGCACACGAAAGCUUAUACCCAGAACAAACUUAGUUGGUCUCUAAGGUGCUACUGGACAAAUUUUUAUUUUUAUAUAUAUAUAUUGACUGCGUCAGACCAACACGGCUACCUACCUGAAUUUGUAAUAGUAGUUCCUACUUUGGUUGGUGACAUCCCAAGACAGUUGAUUGUUGCACUUAAGUGCUUCUUAAAUUAGCAGGACUUGCACACAGCUGUUAGUUUUUUUCUGGAUGAAAAUUGAGGUGUUUGUUAGGUACCACGGUGUUAAGAGCAAUUUGAACAGCAUGCAGCUAGGGAAAGUGGUGCAAAUAAUUUGCUGCUUAGUUCGAGUUUAAGGUUUUAUAACGUACUACAACGUCAAAAACACUUUUGCAGAUAUAAUGAUGAUACAAAAAGUAGCCACUUUCUGCAUCAAGAGGGAUUGGCUGCUUUUACAUUUUGCACCCUUGCUUUGAUUAGUUUUGUUGUUGUCGAACAGGGAAAGGUGCAGGCCAGACAGAAUCUCAUCAUGUGGAUAAGUUUGGAUUCCACAUUGUCACCUGCUGUGGCUAUAUAGCUCAGGUAAGCUCCUCCUUUUAUUUAUUAAAAAGAAAGAGAAGUUGGAAGGGACCCUUAAAGACAUCUAGACCAGGCGUCAGCAAACUUUUUCAGCAGGGGACUGGUCCACUGUCCCUCAGAACUUGUGGGGGGCCAGACUAUAUUUUUUUUUGGGGAGGGAGAACAAAUUCCUAUAACCCACAAGUAACCCAGAGAUGCAUUUUAAAUAAAAGCACACAUUCUACUUAUGUAAAAACACCAGGAAGGCCCCACAAAUAACCCAGAGAUGCAUUUUAAAUGAAAGGGAACAUUCUACUCAUGUAAAAACAUGCUGAUUCCUGGACCGUCCGCGGGCCGGAUUGAGAAGGCGAUUGGGCCACAUCCGGCCCCCAGGCCUUAGUUUGCCUACCCAUGAUCUAGACCAGAGGUCUGCAACCCGCGGCUCCGGAGCCACAUGUGGCUCUUUGACACCUUUGCCGCAGCUCCGGGGUGGAUACUAGCGAGGGGAGGAGGCGCAUUGUGCGCCCCGACACUCCCCACUGUGGCGGACACUGUACUGGCUGUGACGUCGCAUGGGAGCGGUGCGUGCGUUAGUCACGCACCGUCCCGACGUCACCUUCCCGCCCGCUACAUUGUAAGGGGCAUGUACGCUGGUCACUGUUUUGAAGGGGAGUGAAGAACACACACACAAAAAAAGGUAACUUGUUAAUUUAACAUUUAUUUCUAUGAGGAGGAGUAAUUCUGAGGGGUCAAACAAAGAAAUAAUAAGUGACAAAAAAGUUAUUUUUAUAAUGACGAGUUUUGUGGCUCCCAGUUUUUUUUUCUUCAGUAACGGGUCCAAGUGGCUUUUUUUGUCUUAAAGGUUGCAGACCCCUGAUCUAGACCAACCCCCUGGCAUAUUUUUGCUUUGUAGGUGAAUGAAUGGCAAAGUGACUGGCCCACUUUCUUCAUACGUCACCGUCUCCAAGCCCAAAUGGAUUUGAUUGAGAGAGAUUACGGAGACAGAGAAGCAAGGGAAUUGUGGUCUCGGUUAAAGGUAGGUGAGAGAUGCUAGACUGCCACAAUAUGAGAAAGAGAGUGAGAGAGAAGGCACUGAGGCUAAGCUGGAACCAUGCUUGCAUAUCCAACUUGCCACCUCACUCUGACAGAAUUUUACUAUAGAUGUGAGGUUUCCUUCCUAUCCAGCCUGCUUUCUCAAGCAAGUGCCCAGUCUAUACAUUUGCACUUUAGUUUGUCUGCUGCUCCCCAUCAAGGAUGGUAUUAUUUAGUUCCAUUUGUGGGAUCAAGAACUUUUGGAGCUUGACUAGCAUGCCAGUGGGGUUUUGUUUAUUUAAAUCUUGGACCAUCUUUCAAGUAGAUACAAGCCAGCACUGAGCCAAGUUUCCCAGAAGGAUGGGCCUAAACUUUGCUGGACUUAAAACCCACGGUCUCCAUUGGGUUCCUCUACCUCAAACCCCUGUUCCCUGCCGUUUUCAUAAUUUAGAAUUGCAUUCACACAUGACUGUAUUAACUUUUAUUGUAUUUGUGUAGCCCUGUUUCCAAAUUUGUUGUAAUAGAAAAAUGAGUGGGGGGGCUGGUUUAUUUUAUUUUUUUAUUUUUAAAGUUUUUUUAUUCAAAAUUAAAACAAGACAUAUUAUCCAAAAGCAUACCAUCCUUGUUUUUUCCCAAUUUUCCCUCCCUCCCCCACCCUCCCACACAACCCCCCCCCCCCGACUUCCCUCAGUUCCAGUCUUUGGUUUCUCUGAGACUGCUGUUUUCUGCAUGUUACUAAGUUGUAUAGAUCCUCAAACUAUUUAGCUGAUUAUUAUCAAUAAAAAGUUUGUGAAUGUUUAUUCAAAACCUGCCAAGGAGUCCAGUUCACUUUAUUGUGUCUCCAAAUACUUUGUAAAGGGUUCCCAUUCAUCUUUAAAGUCACAGUUAUCCUUGUCCCGUAGCUUAUAUGUCAGUUUUGCCAGUUCUGCAUAGUCUGUCAAUUUUUCUUGCCAUGUUUCUUUAGUUGGGGCCUGGUUUAUUUAAAUGUAUUUCUUCUUUACCAUAAUGGGCCUAAUUGCAGGUGGAGAUGAAACAGCGUACAAGGGGGAGGUUCAAAAAGUAUCUACAUGGUGCUUAGAGAAUAACUUGCACCUAAAUAUUAGUAAGACAAAGGGGAUGGUGUUGGACUUCCAGAGGAAGAGAGGGGAACCUGCCCCGUUGUAUAUCGGUGGGGGGCUGUAUGGAGAGAGUGUCCUCCUUUAAAUUCCUGGGAGUUUACCUUGGUGAGGACCUCACUUGGAAAAUCAACAUAACUCAGAUGGUCAGAAAGGCCCAACAGAGACUCCAUUUCCUCAGGGUCUUGCGAAAGAAUAAUGUUGAACAACAAUUGAUGAACUCUUUUUACUGGUCCACAAUAGAAAGUGUCCUUUCAUAUUGUAUUACAGUGUGGUCUGCUGGCCUGACAGCCACGGACAGAAAGUCUCUACAGAGGGUGGUGAAAACAGCACAUGAUAUCAUGCGCUGUCCCUUGAGUCCGCUAGAUGACAUCGCAAGGGAUCGUUGCCUUAGGAGAGAGAGAAAAAUUCUCAGGGACGACCCACACCCCGGCCAUCACCUCUUUAAUCUUCUACCCUCAGGCAGGAAAUAUAGAAGUAUAAUCAGCCGUACCAACAGGCUAAAAAAUAGCUUCUAUCCGUGGGCUGUUAGGCUGUUGAACGGAAAAUAACAUAAUGAAAUUGACUUGCAAGGUGGUGUGUUGUUUGAUAAGAGAUGGGGGGGGAGAGGGAGGCUCAUUUAAUUUCAUUGUACACAGGUUGUACAAUGACAAUAAAAGUAUAAUUAAUUAAUUAAUUAUUGCUCAUUCCAUUAGGGAGGCUAACAAAAACGCAUUGAUAUUUGCUCCCCAUUUUCACUAGUGGUGAAAAUUCCAUGGAUUUUCCAUUACAAGGUUUUAUUUUCUUUCACUGAGCAAGCAUAAAGACCUUAUGGUGUCUUUGCAAUAUUUGUUGUAUAUUUGUAUAUAAAAUAAAUAUUACAAAGACACCAUAAGGUCUUUAUGCUUGCUCAAUGAAAGCAGAGCAUGUUGGAGGCAAAUAGGCACUCCUACAGGAUGCAGGAAAACUGAUGAUCCAGUAGUGGAUUCUCAAGAGGGAUUUCUUGGCCCACUGCAGGCUCCCUCUCAGCUGCUUCUAAUUCAGCUAAAAGCAGAGCUGUUGACCUUCUGAUUCUAAAUUCUUACGCCACAUUUUUCUGCCACUGCCCCUAGCUCUGAUCAGUGUCACAUUCCAAAGUCAGGUGAUAGAUUCCCAGUUCAUCAAGAAAAAUAUCCCGGUCAUUACCCAUUACAGUGGUACCUCAGGUUACAUACGCUUCAGGUUACAUACUCUUCAGGUUACAGACUCCGCUAACCCAGAAAUAGUGCUUCAGGUUAAGAACUUUGCUUCAAGAUGAGAACAGAAAUUGUGCUCUGGCGGCGCGGCAGCAGCAGGAGGCCCCAUUAGCUAAAGUGGUGCUUCAGGUUAAGAACAGUUUCAGGUUAAGUAUGUACCUCCGGAACGAAUUAAGUACUUAACCCGAGGUACCACUGUAGUCCAUCAGGCAAAAUCAUAGUGAUAGGUUAAAUCAUGUUAUUCAAAACAGCAAAACUCAUAGUAUAUAUAUAAAAUGUAAAAAUUAUGCUAAAAGCAAAUAAAAAGACACAACAUUCAGGACUUCAUAUACAUUCUGAUUUAUAUGUUUUGAGGCCUUAUAUUUGUCUUAUUAAGCAAUGUUCUACUUCUUUUCUUUAGACAGUUUUAAAGGUUUUUUGUUUAUGCUUUUUUACAGCCAAAGAUUCCGGAGAUGUUUUGUGACCUGGAGAUAAUUCCUGCCCUCCUACAUGGGGACCUGUGGGCAGGAAAUGUAGCUGAAGAUGACUCCGGUCCAAUUCUUUUUGACCCUGCUUGUUUCUACGGUCAUUCAGAAUUUGAACUUGCAAUUUCUAUGAUGUUUGGUGGCUUUAGCAGUUCUUUCUUCUCUGCUUACCACAGCAAAAUCCCCAAAGCUCCAGGCUUUGAAAAGCGCAACAAACUUUACCAGCUAUUUAACUAUAUUAACCACUGGAACCAUUUUGGGACAGGAUACCGGGGGCCCACUCUUAAUGUUAUGCGAAAGCUUUUAAAGUAACCCUCAAACAUGGUCAUCCUGAGUAAGUAAUCCUGUUUGAUGUUAGAACAACAUCUGCUACAAUGUUUUAAAGAGGAUGGGAAGUCACCUGAAAGUUACAAAAGGCAAGAGCUAAGGUGACAUUUGUACACAUUUAAUUCCUCACAAAAUGCUUGCAGUGGUUUUGUAUUUUUUGCAUUCUCUUAAUUGUCAACCAGCAUAUUAAUGACCACUUUGAUAAGGUAGGAAAACUGUGUGCUGUUUGUUGUUCCAGGGAGUGAACUCUGUAGCAAAGUGUACAAGCAGGAUAAAUGAGAGUUCCAGAAUAGUAGAUUUCAAAAACAGCAUUUGCAGAAAUGCAGUGGAGAAGAUCCAGUCUCUGUGCCAGUGGAUGUGAUGUUAUUCUCCUUCCUCUCCUUCCUCCUGCAUUCUUUACUCUGCUCAGGAGGGUCCCACAACUUUAUUUUGUGGGGAUACAGGAGCAGAAGGGUGGGGGAGGGGAGAAUGAUGGAGUCAUUCCGUUUGCACAAAUGGAAGACUGUUGGGCAAGUGGGAUGUCACAACUGGAUAUCAACAAAGACUGCAAACCUGAGAGCCCGUGUAAACAUGUACACCAGCUUGUGUGGAUGUAAUGACUCCCUUGCUCAAACAGUUUAAAAUAAAUAACAACAUUAAUAAUAAUAAUAAUAAUUUAUAUCCCGCCCAUCUGGCAGGGCCUCCCCAGCCACUCUGGGUGGCUUCCAACAGGAUAUUAAAAACACAAUAAAACAUCAAACAUUAAAAACAGGGCUGCCUUCAGAUGUCCUCCAAAAGUCAGAUAGUUGUUUAUUUCCUUGACAUCUGGUGAGAGAGUGUUCUACAGGGUGGGCGCCACUACCAAGAAGGCCCUCGGUACAUUCGUGAUUAAAAUAGACAACAAAACAAAUAAUUAAACAGAAAACAGUUAAAGCAAUAAAAUAUCAACUUUAAUUCAAGGGAAUCCUUGCCUAAACAGGUAUGUUUUCAGGAGCCAGCAGAUUGCCAACACUGCAGCUGUAGUCCUAGUACUAUAACACUAAUUUCUUCUUCCUUUUUAAAAACCAGUUUAAUACGGAUAAGGCUGCAGGUUGACAACAGUGAUGGGGAAGCCACUGUGGCCUUCCAGAGGGUGCUGAACUACACCUUCCAUCAUCCUUGAUCACUAGCUGUGCUGGCUGGGUCUAAUGGGAACUGGAAUCCAAUAUCACCAAACACAGUGGGAGUUACUGCUGAAUUAAAAAAUGGGAUUGCAUUACACGGAUAAACUCAAAAAUGUUAAAAGGAUUGGGUCAAUAAAUUGCAUUCCUUACAUACAACUGCAAGUGACUGGAACAUGUUAGAAGUAUUUCAAAGCGUGCUUAUUUUGUUUUAGUGUUAGGGUUGUCUGCCCUGGUUAUUGUACAUAAUGAAAUAAUAAAGAAAGUAAGUGAGUACAGGCAUACCUCAGAGAUAUUGCUGGUUCGGUUCCAGCCCACCACAAUAAAGCGAAUAUUGCAAUAAAGUGAGUCGCUUUUUUGUUGGUUUCCCUGUGAAAAGUUACCUUUUCACUAUAGUGUAGUCUAUUGACCCAGCCCCUCCCCCUUGGCUGCAUGGGUGGGAGGGGAGAAACCCAGCUCCAGUGAUGGCAGCAGGGGGCUUGCUUCCUAAUUUUUUAAAAGAGCAAUACUGUAUCUGUGACGUGCAAUAAAAUGAGGUAUGCAUGUACUGAAAUAAACAUUAGGUAUCAUUGUUUGGCAUGCUUUACCCAUGAUGUGCAUUUUCAUAGCGCAGGACAUGUAGCAUGUAGAAUUUCAAAGUAAUUUUUUUUUCAAUUUUGUGAUAGUGUGAGAAUCAUCAUUCUGGGUUAAAUGGAAUGUUUGAGCAAUCCUCAUUUAUGAUAGGAAAGUGGAAAUUAAAGCUGUCAAGUGAUCAAAGGCUUAGCAAGCUCACUUUUUAAGUAUACAGAAUUUGAAUGAAAAUUGCUGUGCUACACUAACUAUGUAUGUAAUAUGCAAUCCAAAUAAAAUGUUGUCAUUGCACACAGAA